AUGCAUGUUUUGGGCCUCACAAACCCUAGCGACGCCGUGGUGCUCGAUCCCUCCUUGUUCGUCGCGACGACCCCGACCGGCAUAAAAGCUCCUCGAAUCACCUGCGCCAAAGCCCUGAGCAUACAAAUCAUCCUCUACGACCGACCUCGCCCUGGCAGAAUGCAGUACAUCUCGCUGAACCCCAUCUCGCUUGCCCUCGGAAACAAGGAGGCUCCGGGCUUGCCGCCGACGGAACACAUGGCCGAGGAGGAGAAGCAGGAGUUGAAGCUAAAGGAGCAGAAGAGGAAGUUGGUGGAAAAGCUGAAGCUGCACACCAUAAUCAAGCGGAACCCGUCGCCGAAGGAGAAGGCCUUGCCGAAAAUUGUGAACCAAAUCAACUGGUCUUGGGAGCUUGAACAGCUUCUGCAAAAGAACAUUUCGCGGAUCGGAACCAGGCCCAAGCGAACACUGAGCGUUUCGGAGCGGGUAGUGGAGAACGUGACGACAGUGCGGAAUUUCGUAUGGGACCUCCUGAUCCUCUACGUGCUCCCGCUGAUUCAGUGGGGGUUCGUGUAUAUGCUCAUGGGCCACAGAGCGGUAGCCGAAUUUCUCCUUCAGAUUCUGGAGUUCCGACUGAAGGAUAACUACCUAGCCUUGAAGGACAUUUCGGCGACGGCGCAGCAGGUGGAAAUUCGGCUUCAGCAAUUUUGCUACUGGCCCAUGCAGUACACAACCUUGCGACAGCGUAAGAACGACUGGGAGAGUGUCACAACCAGCCACCCUGACUAUAUCCGUUUCUAUAACAGCUUGUGGCUCGUCGCCAACGAUGUUAUCAUCGGCAUCGCGCUAGGCUCCUACAUUAUUGACAAUGCGGAAUGGGCCGCCACUGCAAUCAGUGAGCUGUUGAAGGUGUACACGGUCGAGGCGCUGCAACGAAGCAUUUCCUGGUUGAUGGGCUGGCCGGCGGGCUUGAAAUUGAACGAAGAGUUGGCCUUGUUUCUUGGAGACCUUUUCCUAUGGGUCAUCGAUUAUUGGUCAACUCUUCAGCCAGUGUUACCCCAUAUCAUCUGGUUCAUCGGGUUCUCCAGCUUCGCCGGCGCGAGCAUGCCCAUCGCUAUGUUCUCCGACCUGUUGUCCGGCCUGACCGUUCACAUCUACUCUUUUUACCUCGCGUCUGCUCGAAUCUAUCACUGGCAACUGACCAUCCUCAUCUCGCUCUUCCAUCUCUUCCGCGGAAAGAAGCACAAUGUUCUCCGCAACCGUAUCGAUUCGUGCGACUACGACCUGGACCAGCUUCUUGUUGGCACCAUCCUCUUCACCCUGCUCUUCUUUCUUCUCCCGACGGUGGUUGUGUUCUAUCUCAAUUUUGCUGUUGCGCGGAUGGUCAUCAUCUCGCUCAAGGCUGUUUUCGAUACGCUUCUCUCUUGUCUAAACCACUUUCCCCUUUUUGCGCUGAUGUUACGGGUCAAGGACCCGAGACGACUUCCUGGCGGCAUUCGUUUUGAGCUUCGAGAUACCCAUGAUUGUAGACUUAGUAAUACUUCCAACGAACCACCCACCUCUGUCAUCUACCUCAAAUCCAUACCUCUUACCUUCCGCGCCAUGUUCCACCAGUAUUUCCAGAUGGGGAACCGCAUUCGCAAGCACUAUCUCUCACCCCGGGUGCUCCUUUGCCUGCUGACGGGCCAGUUCGUCCCACCCCUCAACCGCAAGAAUCUGUACAGCCUGCAGUACGGCAUGCUGCCCGCGCGUCGCGCGAGCUUCCGCCAGAUGUGGGACGCCAUAACGACGACGCAGCCCUUAAGCAAGCCUGUGCCGUUUGUGGUGAACGGGAGGAGGUAUCCCUCUGGGCUAGGUGGUGGUGGGAGAACGAGAUAUCAUCAUUAG